AUGAGCAUCCAUGAAGCACCGAAGCCAGCAUCCGCCGACGUCGAAUCUGGUGAGCCCGCCAUCACUGACGACGAUGCUUCUAUGACGGAUGAGCCUGACGAUGGAGACAAAUGGACGACUCAAAUGACAAAGAAGAGACGCCAUGGCUCUAAUUCGAGUCAAUCAACCAUUAUAAGUCAACCACUUUCAAAUCUCACCGUCAUUGUCAAGCCUACUGACCCAACAAAACUCGUAACCAACCUCAACCCCUUGGUUCUGAAAAAGAAACUGGAGGACGUCGCUCCUGAGGGCAUCAUACAGAUCAGACCGAACUAUCGUCUCAAUCUGCUGGCCCUCGACACACGUAAUGUGGAAUCCACAAAAGCCCUACUCCGACUCAAGAGCCUAGGUGCGGUUCAAGUUGUGACGUAUGAACCGCCUCCACCAUCUGCUUACGUUGGAGUCAUUCGCGGCGUAUCCACUGAAAUCACAGACGCUGAACUUUGCGCAUCUUUACGAGAAAAAGUGCCUGUAAUUCAAUGGAACUGCCGCGGUCUCCGCAGAAAGAAAGGGCUUCUCCAACAAUUUAUCCAUAAACAGACAAACAAACCUGACAUCAUCCUGGUUCAAGAAGCCAACAGUCCUAUUACAUUACCUGGAUACGAUCACUUUAUGCAAGGCAGCAUCACCAAAAAAGAUAAACAAACCCCACAAGGAACCCACAUACCGGUUACUACCAUCACGUACGUAGCUAGGCAUAUCCCAGCUAUUCAAAUCGACACCGCCUCUAUAAACAACUCAACUCAGGAGCAGGUUACAGUACAAUGUCGCCUCAACAAUCGAGAUGUUAUCAUCGCCAACGUGUACUGGUCUCCAGGACUCGAUUGGCCAUCUGUGAGGUGGAUAGACGCGUAUACACAGCAACACAAGCACAUGGACAUCAUCCUAGCUGGUGAUUUUAAUGCGCAUAACACAUCCUGGGGCUAUACGCGCACCACCAAAACCGGGAUGCGUCUCGAACGCAAAACUCAGGACAACAGAUAUACGCUCCUUAACGACACAACGGACCCCACGCGACAGGGCAACAGCGUUGAGCGAGAUACUAACCCAGACCUCAGCUGGCACCGCGGUGUGGGAAACGUCACGUGGACGAAUCUUCACGAAAACCUAGGCAGUGAUCAUCACAUCAUCGAAAUCAAGCUAGCUGAUCCUCGCAUCAAGCCCCGUCCCACUCACUCAGGCCCAAAAACGCACCUCACUGACUGGCACCGGUUUCGAUUAGACCUAGACCAGGUACACGGGCCGACAGAUCUACAGUCCUGGGUCAACGCCAUAUGUGAAACGAAAUCUAAGCACACUAAAAAUAUCACACGCACCCCUGAACACCCGCAAAUAGACUCUCAUCUGCUUAACCUUUGGAACAAGCGACACAGACUAGUCCAAAAAUGGAAGAAACAAAAAGGAAAUCGUGGCCUUCGCAAGGCCAUCCGACAAAUCACGCUAGAAGCUGAAGAAUACGCACAACUUUGUACUGAAAACUGGCUUGAAACGUGUGACCAGCUAAAUGGUCAACUGCACACUCCUAAGGUGUGGAAAAUUUUACGUACGCUUCUAGGACAGGGCUACACACGACACACAAUGGACAAAAUUAUGAUGCACUCUGGCAAGACGCGAGAACAGACAGCAGAAGAAAUUUACCGAACGUUCUAUCCCAUCGGCCCGAGUACAGAGCAACUUCCUAGCUAUCCACCCGAAUCACUCGACCAAAUGGACACAGGCAUCAACAGCAACUUUACGGGAGAGCUUUCGACACCUCGAGCACUAAAUACCGGCGUCCCUCAAGGUUCCAUUCUUUCCCCCACUCUCUUUAAUAUUGCCCUACUUCACCUACCUGCCCAGCUCAGUUCUAUAUCACACCUGCAACACAACAUUUAUGCAGAUGACAUUACAAUCUGGUGUUGUAAAGGAUCCCUUGGACAACAGGAAUACACGAUCCCGUCAGGUCUGAAUGUCAUUCAGAACCACCUGAGCAGUAUUGGCCUCAAAUGCUCUCCCACCAAAUCUGAAUUCAUUGUAGUUACCAAUCAAACAGGUCGUAAAGCAGAAGAGCAACGCGACAGCAUCAAGCUCCACAUUGACCACACCCCUAUUCCUCGCCGCUCUCACAUCCGAAUACUGGGAUUCCUCCUACAGGACAAUGGCAAGGCCCACGUAUGGAAGGACACGAUUCUCCGGCAGCUCAAUCAGAUUUACCACAUGCUAAGUAGAGUAACGCGCAGGCAAAGAGGACUCAAGGAACAGGAGCUUCGCAGGAUUAUCGAGGCCCUUGUGUACUCCCGUGUACUGUACCAGCUUCCAUAUCUAUCCAUCACCAAGACUCAGCUUUCCAAAUUGGAAGCAGCGCUCCGAAGAUACACCAGACUAGCCCUGGGAGUACCACGAUUUGCCGCAAAUUUUCUAGUGGCCUCGACUGGUCUUUUUAACACACUUGAAGAACGUACCACUAUUUGCCGCCAAGCACAUAUUGCAAGGCUUCGAACAUCCCCCCAAGGCCGCAAGCUCCUCGAGCAUCAAGGCUACGACACAACCACCUUGCCUCCUUUUCCACCACCCCCACCCCCACCGUGGGAGUCCCUACCCCGCGUCACAGUCAUGCCCAUACCUCAGCAUAUGCAUCCGGACAAAAAUGCUGCCCGACGCACACAACUAGUCCAACGGAUAGACCGCGAGACACCAAGAGCGGAUACCACAUAUUACUACACAGAUGCCAGUCACAGUCCCAGCAGAAGCAUAACGGCUGUAGUUGGGCCUGGCUAUGAGCAUAUUAAUGAACACAGCAAUGUCCCGACCGCAUCCGCCGCGGAGACCUUAGCGGUUCUUGAAGCCAUCACUCGACCUCAUCAUCCUACUCACCACAUUUGCAUUCGAACAGAUAGCCAGGAAACAUGCCGCAGUUUUCGUGACGGUGCGCUACCCGGACAUAUCCACAGCCUUUUGCAACAUCACCUUGACACGCAUCCCUCCCUCCAUGUUACCUUGCAGUGGAUCCCCGGACAUCAAGGCGUAGAGGAACACAACCGAGCUCAUGAGCUCACCCGCGUUACGAAUUUUCCGGGUCCUCCGUGCCUCUGGCCGUCCGACUAUGACCCCAAGGAACACCGAAAACUCUUGCACAAGAAGCGUACAUCCCUCUUAAGAGAACUACGCGCUAACACCGCCACAAUUAUCGCUCCCCCCCAAUCCCUCUCGCGGGAGGACAGCGCCAUUCUCCGCAGACUUCAGACCAAUUCGGUCGUGACUCCCCUUUUUCGCCACUAUAUCCAGGGCCUUGCCGGACGCCCGAAAUGCCCCAACUGCGGCGAAUACCCCUCUCUAGAACACUGCCUGUGGCAAUGCUCCUACAUUCAACCUACCCUCCUAUCCUCUCUUUCCUCCCUAUCUCACAGUCUCCAACCUCACUCAUGGACGGACUGGCUUAGUCCACCAACCGAUGCCCAUAUUCUCCUGCCGGCGCUCAUUCAGCACGUGAAAAACGUGUUGGGUGAGGACUGGUAG